GUACUGCAUUGUACUUAAAUGAACAAAAAGUCAGCACCGUACAACAGGCUGCUGUGUUAGCUGACGAGUACGCAUUAAUGCACAAAACUGUGUUUUUUAAGCAUUCGUCUGAUUUUGGGGGUCCCUCACCAAAAGAAAAUGAAAAUAUUUCUGAUUCAAAAAAUAGAUGGGUUCCUACCAGUCCGAAGUCUAAUAGAGAGCGCAGUUAUUGUCACAAAAUGGGACACAUGCUAGCCGAGUGUCGUAUCUUAAAACGGAAACAAGAGCGACAAGAUUCUUCAUCUUUUCAGCCUCGAGGUUCUGUUUUGGUGAAAACUCUGUCUCCAUCCUUCUCUGGUUCUCCUGCAACACCUGAGAGCUGUUUUCAGCCUUUCAUGUUCGAUGGAUUUGUGUCGUUAACUGAUAAGGUAGAGAAUCAAAAACCUGUAAGAAUCCUUCGGGAUACAGGAGGAUCUCAGUCCUUCAUAUUAUCAGAUAUUUUGGAUUUUUGUGCUGACUCUGCGUGUAAUACCAGCGCGAUUGUGCAGGGUAUUGAAAUGGGUUUGGUUCCCGUUCCUCUUCAUCGCGUAUACGUCUCUUCUGAUUUGGCAUCUGGGUGUUUUGAGGUUGCAGUUUGUCCUUCUUUACUUGUGAAAGGUGUUGAUUUUAUCAUGGGCAACGACAUAGCUGGAGGUAAGGUAAUGCCGGUAGUGCAAGUGACUGAUGUUCCUUGUAAUGAUUCGCAGGCUGAUGUACUUGCUGAAAAAUUGCCAGAUGUGUUUAGUGCUGUUGUGAUGCGAGCACAAGCGAAGCAUGAUUAUCAAGAAAGUAAUAUUCUCUGCGAUUCUGUCUUCUCAAAGAUUUUGAGAGAUGAUAUUAUUUCUGAAUCCUCAGACGCGUCUAAAAUGACUUUGAAUUCAUCCUUCUGCUUUGAUCUGUCUGCUGAUUUGCCCGUCUCGUGGGAAACUCUGAUUGAAGCUCAGAGAAAUGAUUCCUCAUUAAACAAAUGUCGUGCGAGUGUUGAAAAUAAGACCACGUCGUUACGUAACCAACAUUAUUACUGGAAUGAUAAUGUGCUCAUGCGUAAAUGGAGUAGAUCGCUAAAUCCUGAGCAGCGGGAAGACUGGAAUUCGGUGCAUCAAAUUGUGGUACCUUUGAGAUUUCGACCACACGUUUUAAGUCUCGCCCAUGACCAUUCUUGGUCUGGACACCUUGGGAUAACUAAGACCUAUAACCGGGUGCUCCAACAUUUCUUUUGGCCAGGGUUGAAAUCUGAUGUUGCAAAGCACUGUAAGACAUGCCAUAUUUGUCAGGUCAGUGGAAAACCUAAUCAGGUAGUACCGUUUGCUCCUCUCUGUCCUAUUCCUGCAGACUUUGGGAAGUCGUGGCCUAAUGGUUAGAGGGUUGGACUCCCAAUCGAAAGGUUGUGAGUUCUAGUCUCGGGCCGGACGGAAUUGUGGGUGGGGGGAGUGCAUGAACAGCUCUCUCUCCACCUUCAAUACCACGACUUAGGUGCCCUUGAGCAAGGCAUCGAACCCCCAACUGCUCCCCGGGCGCCGCAGCAUAAAUGGCUUCCCACUGCUCCGGGUGUGUGCUCACAGUGUGUGUGUGUUCACUGCUCUGUGUGUGUGCGCAUUUCGGAUGGGUUAAAUGCAGAGCACAAAUUCUGGGUAUGGGUCACCAUACUUGGCUGAAUGUCACUUCACUCACUUCACUCAC